CUUGAACUAAAAAUGUCUCCCCACGCUACUCUACAACGGAUCAACCCAACUGCUGAACUGAAGAAGUUCUCCGUCAGCCGCAAUGCAUUCCUUCCAGAGGACAGCCCUUUGAAACACCUCCCGAAUGCGUACUACGAGCCCUGGGAGUUGAUUGCUCACAACCUACCGAGUCUUGUCAAGGCUGGUGAGACUGGAAUCAGAAGAGCAGUCGCACAACUUCCUAUCCUAUCCACCGAUCGCCUACAAUCCGAACCAGAGUGGCGAAGAGCCUAUAUGAUAUUGGCCUUUAUGACGCACGCAUAUGUUUGGGGUGGAGAGAAACCAGAACAGAUCCUCCCUCCUCAAAUCACAGUACCCUUCCUCAAGGUUUCCAAACACCUCGAACUCCCUCCCGUCUUGACAUACGCCGCCGCCAACCUGUGGAACUUUUCCUGCACGGGCGACGACUUUUCAGAACUCUCCGACCUCGAUACUCUUGUUUCCUUUACCGGAACAAAGUCGGAAGCAUGGUUCCUGCUCAUCAGCGUGGCCAUGGAGGCGAGGGCCGGUGCUGUCAUUCCCCCCAUGAUGGCUGCGCUCGAUGCGGUCAAGACGAGAGAUUACAACGUCAUCACCUCGGCUCUGAAUGGUCUUCGGACAUGUAUCGAUGGAGUGGGCUUGUUGCUGGAGAGAAUGUACGAGCACAACGAGCCUUCUGUCUUUUACAACCAGAUCCGGCCGUUCCUGGCUGGAAGCAAAAACAUGGAGGCUGCCGGUCUACCCAAGGGAGUGUUUUACGACGAGGGCGAGGGCAAGGGACAGUGGAUGCAGCUCCGAGGUGGAAGCAACGGGCAGAGCUCUCUGAUUCAAUUCUUCGACAUUGUCCUUGGAAUCGAGCACUCCACCACCGGCAACAACACGCCUGAAAAGGGAAUGCCCAGCUACCACCAAUUGGUCCGAGAUUACAUGCCCGGUCCUCACGCGCGCUUCUUGGUGCACAUGUCCCGAAUGGGAAGCAUCCGCGAGCUGGCAAAUCUGCCUGCCGUCUCCGAGGAGCACCAGCGCUUGCAGGUGGCAUACAAGGCGGCGACCGAGGCGUUGACCAUCUUCAGAACAAAGCACAUUGGCAUCGUCACUCGGUACAUUAUUCUGCCGUCGAAGCAAGCCGCCAUGGGAAGCCGCCAGAACCUCGCCAGCUCCUCAUCAAAGGACGGAGCGGAAUUGAAGGGUACUGGAGGAACCACAUUGGUUCCGUUUCUAAAACAGUCGAGAGAUGAGACUGCAGAUGCAGGAAAGCUGAAGAAUUAGUGAUCAUUAGACAAUGCAUAGUGAAUUAGCGGCCAGUUAUACAUGAAUAGAACUCUGAGCAUCCUUGGCUCACUAUAAAGACCCCAGACUCAUUCCUCAUGCUCCAACCCAGCAUCCUUGGCUUUCUUGUCUGCAAGCUCGCACAGAGCCUUAAACUCAGGCCCACUCACCUUGCUCACACUCAGCCUCGACUGCUUCAGCAUCUGCAUAUUCUCCAGCGGCCCUCCCGGCUUGCCCAGCUCGCGGAGUUCCUUGAGGCCGAUUUUGACGG